AUGGCAAUUCUUGGGAAUAUCACAGGGUCCAAUUCUGCAGCCUUUGUCAUUGACAAAGACACCCAAUCGCUCAACGGCAAAACCAUUCUCAUCACUGGAGGCGACGGUGAUAUUGGAAAGCAAGUCUUGUCUUACUUGGUCUUAUUAUCUCCAGCCGAAAUAUGGCUGGCUGUUAAGGACCUGGAUGCCGCCAAAAACAGCAUAGCCGAGCUCGAACAACAAGCGCCUGAUGUUCGCAUUCAGAUGGUGCAGCUGGACCUUGCAUCACUCCUUUCAGUUAGAAAGGCUGCCGCGACUCUAGUCUCCCAGGUUGGGCACAUCGACCUUCUUUUCCUCCAUGCAGGAGUAAUGGGAUUGCCAGCCCAGUUAACAAAUGAUGGUUACGAGUUCCAGUUCGGCAUCAAUCACCUGGGGCAUGCUCUCCUCACCAAGCUUCUACUACCCACCCUCAUCCGAACAGUAGAGCUAAAAAGAGACGUUCGAGUCAUUGUGACUAGCUCGUGCAGCCAUCACAACUGCCCAGCCGGAGGAAUAGACUUUGACACACUCAAGACAGAUGGAAGCAGUAUAGAAACACUUAAGCGCUAUGCGCAAAGCAAACUAGCCAACAUCCUGUUUACACGAGGAUUGGCAGAGCGAUAUCCUCAGUUGACAGCAGUCGCAAUACAUCCAGGAGCAUGUCGAACCAAUCUGACCCUCAACUCGACAGGGGGCAAUGUCUUUGACUGGGCCCUUGGCUACUUACUAUCUCGUCCAGUUGAGGUUGUUGCCAAGCACCAUGUCUGGGCAGCAGUGGCAAAACAGAUAGAAUCGGGGGAGUAUUACGAGCCUUUGGGGCUUGGUGGGCGAUGUAUACCAGAGGGCAAAGACAAAGGCCUCACUUCAAAGCUUUGGGAAUGGACGGAAAAAGAGCUAGAGCCUUAUACUGAGUUAAAUAUCUAA